AUGGCUUCUUCCAAUUCCUCUUCAACAAUCAUGACUACAAGUUUUGGAUUCAUGAUUUCUUUGGCUUUCAUCUUUGCAUUCAAAUUAUCAGAAGCACAGUCAUCAGUUCCAGCUGUUUAUGUUUUGGGGGACUCACUUAUGGAUGUUGGCAACAACAACCAUAUACAAGGUUCUGUUCUGAAGGCAAAUUAUCCCUAUAAUGGCGUUGAUUACACAGACCACAAACCGACUGGAAGAUUUAGCAAUGGCAAAAACACUGCAGAUCUUAUUGCUGAGAAAGUGGGAGUUCCAACGUCCCCUCCAUAUUUGUCCAACACAAAUGAUGUUUUCCUUCAAGGCGUAAGCUUUGCAUCUGGAGGAUCAGGACUCUUCAACUCCACUGGACAAGGAUUUCUUAAAAAGACAAUAUCUUUAUCAGCACAAGUGGACUACUACACCACAGUGCAUCAUCGACUGGUGCAACAACUGGGAGCCGACGGCGCUCAACAACACCUCUCGAAAUCCAUCUUUGUGGUGGUGAUCGGCAGCAACGACGUUUUCGCUUAUUUCGAGGACGACGAUAUCAAAAACUCCAAAACUCCCGACCAGUACACCCAUGAAAUGAUCACCAUCCUCCAAGGCCUCAUCACGCAAUUACAUAGUAUGGGAGCACGCAAGCUGGUUGUUUCGGGACUACCAAUGCUAGGGUGUACACCAGCACAAAGAUUCGGUAGUAGUACCGAAGACUGUAACUCCGAUAUGAAUAACAUGGCGUCUAGUUACAACCAAAAACUCUCGUCAAUGUUGUCCGGAUUACAGUCCAGUUUCAACGACAUUUCUUAUUCUUAUAUCGACACUUUCGCCGUCCUUAAUGACAUCAUUGAGAACGCUGCAAAUUACGAAGGGCAAUCCGUUCCGGCCAUUUACAUAUUGGGCGACUCUCUUAUGGAUGUUGGUAACAACAAUUACAUAAAUGGUUCUCUUCUUAAAGCAAAUUAUCCUUACAAUGGCAUUGACUACCCUGGCGGCAAACCUACCGGUAGAUUUUGCAACGGCAAAAACUCUGCUGAUUUCUUCGCGGACAAAGUCGGAUUGCCGACAGCUCCUCCAUAUUUGUCCAACACGGGUGAUGUUUUCCUCAAAGGUGUAAGCUUCGCAUCUGGAGGUUCUGGACUCUUCAACUCCACUGGACAAGGGCUCCUUCGUAAGACUCUAUCUUUAACACAACAAGUGGACUACUACAGCAUGGUGCAUGAUCGUUUGGUGCAACAACUGGGAGCUGCAGGAGCCCAGCAGCAUCUCUCCAGAUCAUUAUUUGUCAUUGUAAUCGGCAGCAAUGACGUUUUUGCUUAUUUCGAUAACGGAAACAACAGAAAUGGAAAGAACAAGGUCACCCCUGAUCAGUACGUAGACCAAAUGAUCACCAUCCUCCAAGGACUCGUCCAGAAAUUACAUAGUUUGGGAGCUCGCAAGUUCGUGGUCAUUGGGUUAGCAAGUCUUGGAUGUACACCUGCACAAAGAUUUAACAGUAAUACUGAAGACUGCAAUUCCGACAUGAAUACUAUGGCGAUCAAAUACAACCAAAAGCUUACGGCAAUGUUGUCUGGAUUACAGUCUAAUCUCCACGACAUAAACUACACGUAUUUUGAUACUUACCCUGUCCUCUAUGACAUCAUUCAGAACCCUGCUAAUUAUGGUUUUGCCGAGGUCAAAGCUGCUUGCUGUGGAUUAGGAAAAUUGAAUGCUGGUGCAUUUUGUACUCCCCUUGCCGUGUACUGCCCCAAUAGAACAGAUCACCUCUUCUGGGAUAAAGUGCAUCCGACCCAACAAGCAGCCAGCAUUUUGGUUAACACUAUUUACAGUGGUUCGCCACCACACGUGACUCCCAUGAACGUGCAGCAGUUGAUAGCUCUGUGA